UCGGCCACAGUAUGCUGCUCUCAGUUGCGAGGGGUGGAGCGGCGAAGUGUGUCAAACAGUUUUGCUAGCGAAAAUGUUGUCCUGCGAAAGGUGUCCGUGACGGGUUGACCUUUUUUUCGCUGAUCGAACGUCGGAUUUUCCAUCGAAAGCUAGUGCACGAACGCGAAUCAUGGCCAGUGGACACUGCUGAGCUAGUGAAACGAGAUCGAGUGCUGUGAUUUCGGGACAAAUUGGCGAAAAUUCACCUAAACCUCUGCUGGUCACACAAAGAGGAUACAUACGCAACAACCGGCGAUUUGAAUACGUAGCCCAAACAUAAUCAUAAGCUUGUGGGUUAAGCCCAUAUGUACGCUCUUUUUUACGUCUAGCUAUAGGAAUAAAUUGCCGCCGGAAAAUACACCAGCAUUAUGGGGAAGGAACUGCUGAACAAUAGCUCUUUUUGCCAACAGUUGGGUGCCACUUUGGUUCGCAACUUUAAGCUUAAAAUACGCGACUCGAGAAAAACGAUUGCCGAAGUUUUUCUGCCACUGUACACACUUGGCACGUUGAUAGUGCUGAAAAUAUUGAUUCCCAAUCCCAACUUUCCUGCCAUUACGGAACCACGCGGAGCGGCGUCGCUAUUCGAACAUUUUCAGCACCACAAAGCCCACACCAUCGCGGUUUUGCCGCAGCCAAAUUCAUCUACCACUUUGCAAUUUCUGAGCGAAGUCAACGAACUAUGGAUGACCAAUCGGCACCAUAGUGCGGGUAUCCAUCCGAUCAAAUGGAUCGUGUACGAGACGCAGGAAGAGUUACUGGCGGCAUAUUGGCGCGAUCCGGACCGGAUGCCGCUGGCGUUGAUUUUUCACUGCGAAGACCCGAUGUACGGUCAGCUGCGGUACGAAAUACGCACCAAUCCGUCGUUUUUCGUCACCCCCUCGACCACAGAGCUGUACUCGUCGUUGGUCACUUGCAGACAAUCAGACAGUUACUGGUCAGCCGUUAUACCAAUCGAAACCGGCGAUUCCUGUCCGGUCAAUCAGUACUACUACUCGGGGUUUAUUGCACUGCAGACACUGUUGGAUUACACCAAGAUCAAGAUUGUAACCCAAAACGAUGACAUACAGAUACCUCAUAUAACGUUAGAGAUGUUUCCUAAAGAAGCCUAUACGGGUAAUUGGAUGGUUGCGUUUAGAUUAGUGAUACCUAUCUACAUGGUGAUGGCACUGUCCCAGUUUAUCACAUAUCUGCUGAUACUGAUAGUCGGCGAGAAGGAGAACCACAUCAAGGAAGGUCUGAAAAUAAUGGGCUUGCGUGAUUCCGUGUUUUGGUGCGGUUGGUUUAUUAUCUAUGCCGUGUUUGUAACGUUCCUGACGUUCGUGUCGGUGAUUUUGCUGUUCUCGUUAGGCGUUUUCCAGCACACCAACUAUCUGCCGGUGUUCAUUCUGAUUUUGCUGUACAGCUUCUCGGUUAUUCUGAUUGGAUUCAUGAUUACACCGUUCUUCGAUAACUCAAGGACUGCUGGCAUUCUGGGAAACUUUGCUGUCAACAUCAUGUCGCUGCUGUACUUCCUGCAGGUGUUCAUCGAUGACACGCACACCUCCGCCGCGCUCUGGACCGUUUCGUUGAUUUCGCCGACGGGUUUCGCGCUGGCAAUGGACAAGAUUCUCGUGCUGGACAUAUCCGGGCAGGGUGUCACACUGAACAACCUCUGGACUGGACCGGGCAUACCCAUCGGUGGCUCGAUUCUCAUGCUGGUGGUGGACAUCAUACUGUACGCAGCGCUUGCGUUCUACUUCGACUGUGUCAUCCCGUCGGAUCAUGGCACCAAGCAGCGUCCUUGCUUCUGUCUGAAUCGACACUACUGGUGCAAGAAGAAAGUGCCAAAGGUGCCGCUGCUGAAUGGCGAAUCGGCCAAUUCGUUCAACAAUUUGGAUGAACAAACGCGCGAUGUGGAGCCGGUGUCGCGUGAGAUGCGCGGCAAGGAAGCUAUCCGGAUAGUGGAUCUGUACAAAACGUUCCACUCGUGCCGUAAGCCGGCUGUGAACGCCGUGAAUGGCAUCAAUCUUACCAUCUACGAGGGGCAGAUAACGGCGAUUCUUGGCCACAAUGGUGCCGGAAAGAGCACCCUGUUCAACAUUUUGACGGGGCUUACUUCGCCCACGUCCGGGACGGUUUAUAUCUUUGGGUAUGAUAUUCGCGAUCCGAAUGAUAUGACGAUGAUCCGCCGGAUGACGGGAGUCUGUCCCCAGCAUGAUAUUUUGUUCGAAACGUUGACUCCCAAGGAGCAUUUGUAUUUCUUCGCUGCGGUUCGCGGCAUUCCGCGCAAUAUGGUGGACAGUGAGGUGAAGAAAACGCUGCGGGACAUAGAUCUGUUCGAUUCGGCGGAGAGCAGAGUGAAGUAUUUGAGUGGAGGGCAGAAGCGGAAGCUUUCGGUGGGUAUUGCGAUUAUAGGGGAUCCGAAGAUUAUCAUUUUGGACGAACCGACGGCGGGUGUUGAUCCGUACUCGAGGCGUCACAUGUGGUCGAUUCUGCAGAAUCGAAAACAUGGGAAAGUUAUACUGUUGACGACGCAUUUUAUGGAUGAGGCGGAUAUUUUGGCCGAAAGGAAGGCGGUUGUUUCGAGGGGACGUUUGCGGUGUUGCGGAUCGUCGUUGUUUCUGAAGAAUAAGUUUGGAAUUGGGUACCAUCUGACGCUGGUGCUGGACACGAUCGCUUGCGAGGAUUCAAUUACGAAGCUCGUCAAUGAGCACGUGCCGAAGGCAGAGAAGGCGAGACGACAUGGUCGGGAGCUCAGUUAUAUUUUGCCACACGAUGCUGUUAAUUCGUUUGUUUCGCUUUUUGACGAUAUUGAGAAGGAGAUCCGAGGCAAGCAACUGAAGCUGGGGAUAUGCUCGUACGGUGUGUCAAUGACGACGUUGGAGGAGGUGUUCCUACAUCUGGAGACGCAGCGAGAGGAAGAGCAAAAGACGGGCACAGAAGAAGAGGAAGAUAACGAGGAUGUGAGCUACACCGUGGACAGCUUGAGUCGUAAGGUGAUGAAGAAUAGGACUUUGCCGAGAAGUUUAUCGCUGCAAGAGCGAAGCAACAGCUAUCAGUCGUUGAAGAACGAUACUAAAAAUCUGUUGGAUGAGCAGAAUGUUGAGAAUAAGGCUUCGCUGCCGGACAAUGGGUUGGAUUUUGACACCAUCAUACCGAUUAACGGUUUGACGAAUGAUGGGGAUGCUGUUCAGAGUGAAAAGAAUUCCGUAACUGCAUCGCCCAUUACCGUGAAGAUUCAGAAGAAGAAGCCACACGGCAGACCCCGCAACGGAGUCAGCAAGAGCAAUAAAAGCAUUUACGAGGAUCCUACGCAUAACUCGUCGUCGGUUGUGAAGCUAAACAGUCAAAACAAGACCAACUGGAUGGAUCUGGACGACAUCGAGUUGAACCCGUCUUGCUUUAACACCAUUAUAGCGUUACUGAAACUUAGAAUUACAAUACUCUUUCGGGACAUUCAGCGCCUGUAUCUGUUAAUCAUAUUACCGCUAGCGUUUACCGCGUUAGGUCUAUACUUGAAUUCCAUACAGGUAAUUUCGCCAGUGAUGCGUUCAAUACUUCUAGACAACACAACGUAUGGCAGCAAUAUUACUAAAAUAGCAGUACAUGAUAAUACCAAUAGACUGUUUUCGCAACACUCACUUUAUCACCACCAUCAGCAGCAGCAGCAGCAGUUAUCAUCCCCAUCACCGGUUUUACUGCACCAAAAACAUCAUCAGCAUCAACACAGUGCCCAACAAAUGUCCAAAGAAUCAUCAUAUCUGUAUCAUCGUUUCCUAGCCGAACUGAAGCAAUCGUCAAAUGUUACCGAGGAGUAUAAUGGUAACUUCUCGGUGCUGUUGGACAUCGCGCCACAUAUGGCCGCAUUCAAUAUCAACGCGAUAUCAUGGUCAAACGUGUCAAUAACCACUUUGUAUAAUGAUACCACACAACAUAGUCUACCAAUAAUCUUAAAUUUAAUUAGCAACACCAUGUUGCGAAUGUUUGUAGAACUGGGUUCGACGGGUAGCAGCAGCAGCAGCAGCAAUAGUAAUAAUCAGCAGCCAUCCCAUCAGCGGCAUCAACGUGGUGGUGGAGGAGGUGGCAAUAAACAGUACGGAUCCGCCGAUUAUGUCGACGAGAUGCAAGCCGACGAGUCGUUCGAUUCGAUGUCGUCGAUGAGUCCUUCCGUUGCGGGAGCUGGAGCCGAAUCGCUGCUCAACAUCGAGCUACGAUCGCACCCCUUUCAGCAAACCGCUCAGCCACAGGAAUUCAACAUCGGAACCUUCUCGUCGGCACUGUUUGUGGGAAUGAUAUUCGUGCUGAUUCCGGUAUCACUAGCUGUCGAUAUGGUGUACGAUCGUGAGAUGAAAGCGAAGAACCAGCUACGCGUGAAUGGUCUCUCUUCGGCGCUGUAUUUAUCCGCUUACUUCAUCGUUCUGUCCGGGCUGAUGCUGCUGAUAUGUGCCGCACUGCUCGGCCUGGUGUUUCUGUUCGACAUUCCAUCUUUUAGACAGCCACCCGCACUCGUUACGCUCGGUUUGCUGGUGUUCCUGUACUCUCCCGCGGGUAUUCUCUGUUCCACUUGCUUCUCCUACUUCUUCGAUCGCACGGAUUCAGCCCAAUCGAUCCUUCCCAAUAUUCUGACAUUCGUCGGACUGAUUCCUUUUAUUCUGGUGGUGUUUCUAGAUAUGUUAGGAAUUGAGGUUAAAGCUGCGAUUGCCUUACAUUACGUCUUCUCUCUGAUUAACCCGAUGUACAUUCCGUAUGCGGCGGUCUACUUUGUCGACCGGGUUUACAUUGCCUGCCGGCUGAGUUCGGCUUGUGCGGAACUAUCGAUGGCUCACUACAUGACCGAGGAGAUGAUCGUUAUGGCGUGCGGUUGCCUGCUACACAUACCUAUUUGGGCCUUCUGUCUGCGGGUGUCCGAUAUAAUGAAGAGCGGAGGUCGGAUGCGUGAUUUAUUCCAUCGCACAGCGAGCGACGAAGAUACACUGACCGAGGAGCAAUGCAUUGGAGGCGAGUACGAGGACGAAGACGUUCGGAACGAACGUGCGAAAAUAUUCCGAUUAACAACUCAGGAGAUGAACAGCCAAAUACAACCUGUGGUGUUGGUGAAGAGCCUCCGGAAGGAGUUUUCCCAGGAAUCCCUGUGUGGGAGCAGUUCUUCGUCCUGCUGUUGCUGCGUUGACGAUGAGCCGCCACGGAAGAAGGUAUCGGUGCGUUCGUUAUCAUUCGCAGUGGACGCAGGAGAAGUGCUCGGGUUACUCGGUCAUAAUGGAGCAGGCAAAACUACUACCAUGAAGAUUAUGACCGGAGAGACUGCCCCAACGAGGGGGACGGUCCGUGUCGCCGGUCACAGUAUUACCAUCAAUCAGGACGAUGCAUUCAAGACGCUCGGAUACUGCCCGCAGCACGAUGCACUGUGGAAAAAUAUCACCGUUCGGGAGCAUCUUGAGUUGUACGCACGUAUCCGUGGUGUGUCGCGGAAGGAUUUGAACCGUUUAGUGACCACCUAUCUCACCGGGUUGCACAUAAGCGAACAUGCCAAUAAACACACCCAGCACUGCUCCGGUGGAACCCGGAGAAAGUUAAGUUAUGCUAUGGCAAUGGUAGGAGCACCCAAGGUGGUUCUGUUAGACGAGCCGUCAACGGGAAUGGAUCCAAAAUCGAAACGAUUUUUGUGGGACACUAUUCUGGCCAGCUUCCACGGUAAGCGCUGUGCCAUGCUAACCACUCACUCGAUGGAGGAAGCGGAUGCACUGUGUUCGCGCGUUGGCAUCAUGGUGAAGGGCGAAUUGAGGUGCCUUGGAUCGACACAGCAUCUGAAGAAUCUGUACGGGGCCGGUUACACGCUCGAGAUCAAGCUGAAGCACAUCGAGAGUGUGUACAGCGAGACACCGAUCGAGAGUCAACCCAGCAGCAGCCAGGAGCAGCUCCAGCUGGAUCAGAGUGCGGACCAUAUUGCCGCGACGCCGGUCAUCAGCAACUGCAUCGACAACCGGUCGAUGGCACUGCGCAAUUUUGUGACUGAUCUCUUCCCCAGUGCCACGUUGGAGGAGAGCUUCGCCGACCGGCUGGUCUACUCGGUGCCACAGCAGGCGGUCAGUUCGCUAGCGGAGUGCUUCUCCCGUCUCGAGAAAGCCAAAACGGAACUCGACAUCGAAGAGUACUCCUUCAGCCAGACCACCCUGGAGCAGGUGUUUCUGAAAUUUGCCCACUACGACGAGGAAACCUCCAGUGUGCAGUAGGCGGCAGCACAAAAAGCAAACCCGUAGCUCGUGUUGUGUUGUUUUCCACCCCACGGAGGGCAAAGACAAACAAUGCUUUGUUUCUGUAUAGAACUAAAAAAAAUCUAAGCUAAUAGCUAAUGAUAAUGAGAGGUUAGUAUGUUAAAAUGAGGGAGAUGAAUGUGGCGGUAAUUAUUUAAUAAUUAAAUUAAAGCUAUCUUACACACAUGAGAGAGGACAAGUAAAGCAAGAAAAAAGACAACCAAACCAACCAGCUAAAUAAUUUUACCCUAAUAAAUUAUUAUCAAUUAUAACGAAAAUUAAAAGAAAAAAAAGUAAAUAAGAAAGAAAAGUGAAAUUACAAUAAGACACAUUAAUGAGACGUAGUGGGAAAACAACCAUAGUAGAACAAGUGACAAAAAACCCACACCAUAAUUAUAAACACUGAAUAAUAAAUGAUGAACGAUGAGAGGAGAGGUGAAGGGGGAAUAGUAAAAAGUUAAUAGUGAUUAACGCUGCGCGGCGAUGGGCGAUGAAAUUAUAAAAUUUGAUUUACAUCUGUGAUUAAUUACGAUCAAUAAACCAAACGAAGAGGAAGGGAUAAACAUGUAAGGAAAUUAAUGCAAACCAAAACCAGAUACGGAGGACAAAACGCGGUUUGAAAUAAAAUUGUAAAUUGAAUUCAAAAA